AUGCGGCAGGGACGGAGCCGGCGGCUGGACGCGACGGUGGCAGAGGACCGCGAGCUGCUGGAGGAGCUUGCAGAGGAGUUCCACCCAGGCAUGCGGGUCAAGGCUGUGCACUUUGAGGACUACGAGGGCGUGGUGCGGUUCAUCGGGAACACGCUGCUGGGCCCCGGCCCGUGGAUCGGGAUCGAGCUCGACGAGCCGGUGGGCCGGUCGAACGGGUCGAUUGCAGGCGUGUUCUACUUUGACUGCCCUGAACACCACGGAGCCUUUGUGCCGCCCGACUGCGUUGAGCCCAUUGACGACGUGGUUGAUCCGCUCGAGCCGCCGCGGGCGUGGGACGUCACCGAGCACCACUACCUGACGGCUGCCCGCGACCGGGCGGGCGACGCAGCGCACCUCGCCAUGUCGUCACCGCUCGCCAAGUUCCAGGCGGCGCAGGCGGCGGCGGGCUUUGACGCCGACUCGGACUACUCGGGGGCAUCGCAUCACUACUUUGAAUCGCUCCCGCCCAAGCUGCGGACGGCGCCGGCGGCCGGGCUGGCAUCGCCGAGCGGGGCGCGGCGGCGCGGCGGCAGCGGGCGCACGGCGACCCACAUCAUGACCCGGCGCGCCGGCGACAGCGGUCCCGAGGUUGGCGGCACGCCGCCUCACCUGCGCGCGCUUGACGCCCUGCGAUCGACGGUUCCGUACUACGAGGCCUUUGCGCCGGUCCACAAAGAUCCCGAGGUCGGGCAGCGGGUCCGAGUCAAGGGCCACCUCGGCGUAGUCAAGUUUGUGGGCGGCACGCUGUUUGAGUUUGGCUCAUGGGUCGGCGUCGAGCUCGACGAGCCGCUCGGCCGCAACUCGGGCUCGGUCAACGGGACCUUUUACUUCAAGUGCAAGCCCUCGCACGGCAUCUUUGUGCGGCCGCACAAGGUCGAGUGGGUCCCGUGGGAGUUUGCGCCGCUGCCGCACUCUGGCUCGCCGCGCAAGCGCCGGGUCCGCAAAACCGGUGCCGCGCUGUUCCAGACCUCGUCGCGGGAUCCGUCGGAGCUCUCGGGCGACGACGAAGAGGGCGAGGCGAGCGGGGCGAGCGGCGACGGGCUCACGGGCACCUCGGCGGCGCCCGAACAGCCACCGGCUUUCCGGUCGCCGUCCCAGGGCCCACCGCAGGCCCUCUCGGCGUCGGGCCUACCGGUGCCUGGCAUGCAGUUUGAGGAGGUCGACGGCGUCUUGCGGUUCCCGUCUUUGCUCGAGGGUGAGGGCGGCGCGCCUGGUACGCCCGCCGGAGAGGACAAGUCGUUCUUUGGCGCCGGCGGCGACGUCGGCGGCGCGCACGCCAUCCUCGCCGGCCCGCACCAGGUCGAGUUUGAGUUUGGCUGCUCGGACAUGAAGUUCUACCAACUCGACUCAAAGAUCCAGGGUCUUUUCCACGGCUUUUUCGUUGGCUCGGCCAUCGGCCUCCUCUGCGAGGAUCGCGCCGCCGACGACCUGGCCACAUUUGCCAGCACCGGCGGACUCGACUCGUACGGGCCGACUAUUGCUUCGCACGACGCACACCGUGCGCAGUGGUACUCGAGCAUCGAGGCGGGCGGUGUGUGGGGCGUCGACGGUGACGCCGCGCUUGUGCUCCUCGACGCGCUCGUCACCGCCAAAGGUCACGUCGACCACAAGGUCUUUGCCGAGAAGCUCGCCGGGUGGAUCGACGAGGGCAUUGUCGCCACCGGGCAGGCCGGGCCCAUCGGCGUCGAAGAGACGCUGGUGGAGAUUGUGUGCACUCCCGAGUUCACCACGCAUCCGCUGGCCGCCGCCAAGAACGUCUACUUUAAGAACGGAAAGUCGUUUGCCGACAACGGUGCCGUGGCCCGCUCGCCACUGCUGGCCAUUUCCGACUUUUGGGACCUCGACCGGGUGGCGGCCAACGCCACGAUCAUGGCUCAGGUGACUCACUCGGACCCGCGGUGCGUCGCCUCGUGCAUCGCCGUCAACGUCGCCAUCGCGCUUCUGCUGCAAAAGGGCGCGCGUUCGCACACCGCCAAGGGCCUCGUCUUUGUCCUCAAGAAGGCCUUCAAGUACGCCAAGGCCGUGGGCGUGCCCGACGAGGGCGCACUCAAGGCCGCCAUCAUGACUGCCACCCCGGCCUCGCUUCGGCUCGACGACCCCAAGACCUGCCGCCACACGUACAAGGCGCUCGGCGCAGCCUUCUACGCCCUCCGCACCGGUACCGACUUUAAGUCAACACUCCUCGAGAUUGCCAUGUGCGGCGGCGACGCAGACGCAAACUGCGCUGUCGCCGGCGCGGUUCUCGGCGUCAAGCUCGGCAUGUGGGCCGUGCCGGUCGACUGGCCGCCGCGCUCACUCCCAUUCACGGCCCGCUCGUGGCCGCCGGUCUUUGGCCAGUUCCAGCCUGCCACCGAGCCCGAGAACAUGCCGCAGUCCUGGCUCGACCUUCGCGGGCCCGACUACCGCUACGCCCGCUCGCUCUUUGACGAGCACCUCACCAACCUCAAGCUGACCAUCGAAACGUACUCGACCAAGCGCGACUAUUGAAUGCAGUCUCCAACCCACGCCCUCGCUUUACCGGUGCUCUCUAGCCUAGAGCGCCGUCGCCUC